GGCAAGUGAUAAGUUCCAAUUUGUCAAAAAUGGUAAUUUUACACGUGAAGAACAAUGACCAAAGCCAGUUUCUUUUUGAAACUACCUUCAACACUCCUGUUGAAGAAGUUGUUACAAAAAUAACUGCAAUAUUCAAUGGGCGUUUGAAAGUGAAUCGAAUUUGUUCGGAAAUUGAAGAACUAGCGAAACAUGGAACACUGUACCCUCCUGAAAUUUUGGGUUUGACUCCUGAACAAGUUGAAGAAUUAAAAUUAACGGACACUUGGGGUGAAAAAUGUAUCCCUAGUGGGGGUUUCACAAUAAAUAAGGAUCCCAUCGGUCGCAGAAAUGGCAAACAGCCCCGAAAGGAAAUGCAAGAUGUUUUGAAUAAAGCGAUAAAAGAUGCUAAAGACAUGAUUUCAAAGAAUUUAGUUUUGCAGAAUAAAUGUUUGGAUAUUAAGGUGGUGAAAGAGGCAAUUAAUAUUCUCAAAGGAGCAACUCUUAUUGUAUAUCCCAUGAAAUUGCCCCCUCAUGACGUAAUUCGAAUGGAAUUUGAAAACAUUGAAGAUUUGUCUGGAACCCAAGCGUCUCUUGAAGUCAUUGAUCCAGCAACGGCCCAACUGUGGUUCUGUGGAAAGGAAAUGUACAGAGAUGGAAAAAUGUUGGGGGAUUAUGUUGGAAAAAUUGAAACGUGCAAGGUUAUUGUUAAAUUGACAAAACGAGGUCAAGGACCUCCAGCAAGAGAGCCAAUCAUGUCAGAAGAGCAAAGAAAAGAAUUUAUGAUGCACGCGUAUCGAAGACAGGAAGAAUUGAAAAAACUUGAAGCGGACGAUGAUGAUAAUUAUUUCAAUUCGGAGUGGGCCGACAGCAGUAAUUUGAAGAAAACGUUUCAUGGUCUUCGAAAUAUCUCCUGGAGGCCCGGAAAAUAAUCAUUAACAAACUGUUACUUAAAUAAAUAUGUCUUUAUUAAAUCAAACAUUUAAAAAAUCAGUUAUUUCAACGAGACCUUCUGUCGGACUGAAUGACAAAUUUUUG